AUGUCGUUCCGGGUACGCAGCAGCAAGUUCCGCCACGUCUAUGGCCAGACGCUGAAGAAGGAGCAGUGCUAUGACAACAUCCGGGUAUCCAAGUCAUCCUGGGACUCAACCUUUUGUGCGGUCAAUCCCAAGUUCGUGGCCAUAAUCGUUGAAUGUGGCGGCGGCGGCGGCUUCAUCGUCUUCCCAUUAAAACAGAUGGGUCGACAGGCGCCGGAUGCGCCCAUCGUUGGCGGUCACAAAGGACCCGUGCUAGAUAUUGCGUGGGAUCCGUUCAACGACAACGUGAUUGCGUCCUCGUCCGAAGACUGCGUGGUCAAAGUAUGGCAGCUGUACGACUACGGGCUGUCGCGGACAAUGACGGAGCCAGUGGUGGACCUGGUGUACCACCAGCGGCGCGUGGGCCUCGUGCUCUGGCACCCUUCCGCCAGCAACGUGCUGCUCAGCGCCGGCAGCGACAACCUGAUAGUCGUCUGGAACGUUGGGAACGGCGAGGCCAUGGUGGUGAUCGACACGGUGCCUGACCAGAUCUGGUCGGCCAGCUGGGCGUGGGACGGCUCCAAGCUGCUCGUCACCAGCAAGGACAAGAAGAUCCGCGUGCUCGACCCGCGCUCCGGCGAGAUUGAGGAGGAGGCGGUGUCGCACGAGGGCAGCAAGGGCUCCCGGGCCAUCUUCCUGAAGAACGGACUGGUGUUCACCACCGGCUUCAGCCGGAUGUCAGAGAGGCAGUACUCACUGCGGGCGCCCGGCCACCUCAGCGAUCCCAUCGUCAUGGUGGAGCUGGACACGAGCAACGGCGUCAUGUUCCCGCUCUACGACCCUGACACCAACCUAGUCUACCUGUGUGGCAAGGGUGACAGUGUGAUCCGGUACUUCGAGAUCACACCAGAGCCGCCGUUCGUCCAUUACAUCAAUACCUUCCAGACGCCCGACCCCCAGCGAGCAAUAGGAAUGAUGCCCAAACGAGGCUGUGACGUCCAGGCAUGCGAGAUCUCGCGGUUUUACCGCGUCAGCAACAACGGCUUCGUGGCUGUACACCCGUUCGUCGUACCGCGGAAGUCGGAGCUGUUCCAGGAGGACCUGUACCCAGACACGAUGGGCGACACUCCAGCCAUCACCGCUGAGGAGUGGCUGGAGGGCGCCAACGCUGAGCCCAUCCUGGUCUCGCUCAAAGACGGUCCGGUGUUCUCGACACCGAAAAAGGAGCUAAAAAAGGUGGUGAAAAAGGCCAACGUGCUGGACAAGAAGAAGACGGCCUCGCAGAUGCAGCAGAGCUCCGACGCGCAGGGCGUCGGCUCGGGCUUCUCAGAGCAGCAGGUCAAGGAGCGCGUGGAGGACGCCGUCGCCGCUGCCACCAAGGCAUACGACAAACGCUUCGACGACCUGAUGAUGGAAAUGCGGAAGAUGAAGGCGGUGAUCGUGAAGCACGACGACAAGAUCCAGAAGCUGGAGGCGCGGCUGGCGGGCAGCGGCGAGUCGUCGCCGCCCAGCGCCGGCCUCAACACGCUGCAGGUGCCUCCGGCCGACGAGCUGGCGCCGGACGAGGUGUGAGGGCGGCGCGCGCCCGCCGCCGGCCGGCCCGGCUCUGCGCCCGCACUGCACCGCCCGGCGUCCCGGCGGCGGCGUCAACCCCGCGCCGGCUGUGUGAUAUUGGCCGGCCAGCCCGGCCGGCGCGUCCCUCACAGCGCUCCGUCUGUGUGGCGUGUUUUCUACAGCUAACGCCUUCUCGUUAUGUACUAAUUUUGUAUAAACUGUUUGUUGUAUGCGUUAUUUUAGCGGUAGUGCAGUGAGCCACCGGCGACAUUGCCGGUGGGCGUGACACUGCUAACAGCGGAUAACAGCAAGACCGCCCGCCGCGGCCGCCACCAGUGAUCGUGUGCGAGGUGUUCAAAAGGUAGCAUUGAAUCGUGGGUCGUGCGCGACGGUUAGGGCAUACGCCACCGUCUGAUGCGCUCGCCAUAGCGUCGCCAAUGGAAACGUCACUCCGUUCUGAGAUCGCCAAUCAUGUCGCCCAGCGUUGGCGGAGUUCACCAAUUACGUAGCCCCGACUUUGGGCUCGCCAAUCACGUCUCCAAUUCGGAGUUUGCCAGUCAUGUCAAAACGAUAGCUUGCGGCAGCAAAUUGAUGUUUUGUCGAUGGUGAAUUCACGUGACGUUGUGUGCUAAUUUAUUGUAACAUUCGUUAUAAAAUGAUCGGUGAUGCAAUACAAAGUUAAGCAAGGCUUU